ACUAUCGCGACCUCUUCUGCAGCUUUGCUUAUCUGUGGUCCUCAUGAAGUGAUCGUCUUUUAGGGUUUCAGAAUUGGAAUCUGUGUUCAGUUGCUACUUAUAAGUGUCUAUUUCGCAGAGAUAUCUAUUGUACUACUUGAAUGGAAUCUCUGAAUCAGAUGUCUGAGCUUAUUUUCUGGUUCAGCGGAGGAAGGAUUUAAGAACUGCGUAACUGAAAGGGGGGUGUCUAAUGCGGUUGAGGAUUUAAUGUGGUUUUUAUGCCGUUAUUAUGUGAAGUGAGGUUUGAGCUCAAUGGGGGUGGAAAAGGUUAGGAAAUUUAGUCUUCCCAGAUUGAGCCUUUCUGAAGGUAACCUAACCGUAUUACACUCGGAGAAGCAGUUCUGCUGGAGAUCAUCGAAGAAGCCGAUCUCUUGGUCAUGUGUGUGCGGGCUGUUGCUUUUCGCCUUGGGUUUAGUUUCGCUCUUCACUGGACAUGUUGCCUCCGAUCUCGAGUGGUAUUCUCAGCGUUUAAUUAAUCGACGGUACUCAAAACUGGAUGGGAGUGAUGGUGCAGCAAUCAGUAUCUGGAAAUCAAGAUCAUCAAAUUUCUACUAUGGAUGUAGUAAUAGAGGCCAUCAUUUCCCUCGUGCUGUACGUGAGCGUGCGUCCAAUGGCUAUUUGCUAAUUGCAACAAGUGGAGGGCUAAACCAACAAAGAACAGGGAUAACAGACGCAGUAGUCGUUGCACGCAUUUUGAAUGCUACACUAGUUGUACCAGAGCUGGAUCAUAAUUCCUUCUGGAAAGAUGACAGUGACUUUAUCAGCAUUUUCGAUGUUGACUGGUUCAUCUCUUCUCUAGCAAAGGAUGCCACCAUUAUAAAACGAAUCCCUGAUAAAGUAAUGAGAUCAAUGGAAAAACCUCCAUAUACAAUGCGUGUUCCAAGGAAGUCACCUCCUGAAUAUUAUCUGGAUCAAGUGCUGCCUACACUCUUGAGGAGGCGUGCUGUUCAGUUGACAAAAUUUGAUUACAGGCUUUCAAACAGCCUUGACUAUGAACUGCAAAAGCUGCGCUGCCGAGUGAAUUAUCAUGCUUUGAGAUUUACAAAGCCUAUACGGGAACUUGGUCAAUCACUUGUGAUAAAAAUGUGGAAGAUGGCUAAACGUUUCAUUGCAGUUCACUUGAGGUUUGAACCUGAUAUGCUGGCAUUUUCUGGUUGUUACUAUGGUGGAGGUGACAAGGAACGAAAUGAACUAAGCCAAAUCAGGCAGCAGUGGCCAACACUCCCUACUUUGAGCCCUGAGGAAGAGCGCAAACGAGGAAAAUGUCCACUUACUCCUCACGAAGUGGGUCUCAUGCUGAGGGCACUAGGUUUUGGAAAUGAUACCUAUCUCUAUGUUGCAUCUGGAGAAAUAUAUGGUGGAGAAGAGACUCUGCAGCCCCUCAGAGACCUCUUCCCAAAUUUCUACACCAAGGAGAUGCUUGCUGGUGAAAAGUUGAAACCCUUCCUUCCCUACUCGUCUCGCCUUGCUGCCAUUGACUACAUUGUAUGUGACGAGAGUGAUGUAUUUGUCACCAAUAACAACGGUAAUAUGGCCAAGAUUCUUGCUGGUCGACGGAGGUACAUGGGCCACAAAAGGACGAUCAGGCCAAAUGCGAAGAAGCUGAGUGCAUUGUUCAUGGAACGGGAGCAGAUGGAUUGGGAUACAUUUUCCAGGAAAGUGCGAUCAUGCCAAAAAGGCUUCAUGGGAGAGCCAGACGAGGUGAGGCCAGGACGAGGUGAAUUCCAUGAAUUCCCAUCAUCUUGUAUCUGCCGGAAACCAUACGGAAAGAAUAUUGCUGAUAACAGCAGUGCUCUGGAGCCACCAGGACUGUAUGUCUUGGGUUCAGAUGAGGAGGUUGAGUUAGAUAACAAUAGAGAGAACAGAGGCAAUCAGCAGCUAUUGGACAGAUUUAGCAAGGAAAUUGUAGGCGAAACCCGAGAUAUUGAAGAGGAGGAGUUCUUACCAGAUUAGAAAUAAACUAGAGUAGAUGAGAUGAGAAGGUCUACGCAUAUGUUGAGGGCAGGGAUGGCUUCAACAACUCAUGACCCAGAUGCCAGCUUUCCUUUUCUGCACAACCAAUUUGAGUUUAGCAUGGACCUCAAGCAGACGUAUCAGGUCAUACAAUCUGGACCAGAGGCGACCAAGUUUUUCCUUCUAUAGCUCUGGCUUAAGUUGUAAUGUGUACAGGGAAAAAAAAAAUGAAGUGCUACUCCGCUUCUAAUUGUAACAUAAAAUUGAGUUCUUCAGUUAUAUACAACUGUAUCAUUGUUGGCCGGUUGGGAAGAUUUGGCAGCCACAGAAAAAGGUUGGCAAACAAGA